AUGAAAUUCACUGACAUUUUAUUCUUACUGGCCGCGGCAGUAACCGCCAAUGCAGUACUGGUUUCGACUGGUAGCAAUGGUUUAUCCGAAACAUCUGGACUCAGUUCAAGCAUCUACAAACGAGGUCGGGAAACCCCAUCUGAUGAAGAUCAGUCAGGCAAUAAUGACUCGAAUCAAGGGACUGCAUCAGGAGGAGACAAUGAGCUCAUUCGUCAAUUAGAGAAAGAAUUUGAAGAGGCUAAUAAUGCAGAAGAAGUCGCAGCUAAUGCUUUCUAUAAGUAUAGGGCUCUUAGGCCCCAUCAAGAAAGGUUAAUAUUGCAGGGCAAACCGAUAUAUGGAGAAAAGCAUAGCGAACAACGUCAACAAGAGUUGAAAAAAAAGUGGCAUGCUGCAGAUAAAAGAAUGAACCUUCUGAGACAAAAAUUACAAGAAGCCAGGCGCACCAAUCGGGCGUUGCUCGUCUCGACCAGAAGUGCUCGACCUGGUCCAAGUACUUCCAGACAAAAUGAGCAACACUCAAUUGAUGAACCUGGUCCAAGUACUUCCAAACAAGAUGAGCAAUACCCUGACAUUGACCCUAGUCCAUGCACUACCAAACCAAGCCGAAAACUCCCAUCUGAUAGAGAAUAUCCAAGAGAAACCCGUGAGCUCAUUCAGCAAUUAGUGCAAGAACUUGAAGCUGCUGAUACCGCAGAAACAGUCGCGUGUGAUACUUCCUAUGGGUAUAGGGUUGUUGAACAUGAACAAGAAAAGUCAAUAUCGCAGGGAAAACCGAUAUCUGGGAAAAAGCAUAGCAAACAACGUCAAUAUCGAUUGGAUAGUCAAUGGCAAACGGCAUGGAGAAAAGUAGAAUUUUUGGAACAAAAAUUACAACAAGCCAGGUCGAGCACUUCCGGUCGAGGUCGGAAACACUCGAUUGAUAAAUCUGGUCCAAGUACUUCCAGACGAGGCGGGAAACGCCCAUCUGAUGAAGAUCAGUCAAACAAUGCUGAUUUAAACCAAAAGGUUAUGUCAAGAAAAGCAAACAGGCACCUUCGUAAACUAAUGAAAAAAGUUGAAAAGGCCAUAAGAGCAAAAACAGCCAAGUGCGAUGCUUACCGUAGGUCCAUGUCUUUUGAAGUGGAACAAGAUUCAGAAUACAUCCUGAAGACUCGAAAGAAAUUGGAUAAAGAGUGUAAAAAGGAAAAGGGAAAAGUAGACCGUCUGAAACGACGAUUAGAAAGACUUUCGAAAAAGAAUGAUUUAGAGUUUGGGGCAGAGUCGGAUUGA